AGAUUGAAUGAAUCAAAUUUAUAGAGGCCAUAAAAUUCAGCCAAUACUUGGGAGUACGUAUUACUAGUUGAAGAUGGUUCCAUAGUUCGAAAGACGGCCCAAUAAAUUAGAAGCGCUCUCAAUUUGUAAUUCUUAAAAAUAAUAUAAAGGAAUUAUAAAACAAUGUAAAAACAAAUAAUAUGAUACAAUUUGCAUAACUUGUCACAUUGACAUUGAAUCUUGACACAUUUUAUUUACAUUUUUAAAAAUCAAUUGAUAUCAAAUGGCCGAUGAAGAACCCGCGCCUGCAGAAGAGUCACCCCCAGAGGACGCUCCUCCAGCAACUGAAGAGGCUCCUGUUGAAGAAGCACCUCCUCCUGUGGAAGAAAAUCCAGAUGUACCUCCACCCGAUGAGUCUGAGGCAGCACCUCCUCCAGCAGAUGAAACUCCAGUACCAGUCGAAGACGAAGCACUACCAGAGACCGGUAUCUCUAAAACAGUGAUUCCUGAAGAACCUCCUCCAGAGGAAAUUGUGCCGGUUGAAGAGGUACCUAGAGUAUCAAAACUGUCUGCUUCUUCGGCACCCCAGAAAGAAAUAACCAUUGGCGAUCCAGCAGGUGAUGCCGACUUUCUCCACAAUCCAGAAAUAGAAGUUCUUGAAGCUGAUGGUAUGAUUGAAGAAAUUCAUGUCUUGAAAGAGGAUCAAGCUGUAGAAGAAGAAGACUAUAUUGACGAUGAAGCUUCUAUGGAACGCUCUCUGAGCAGAGAUGAUCAACUCAGUGAAAGUGCCAUUAAAGCUGAACGACGAGUGUCAAUGGAGGAACCUGAGCAGGGCCCGGAGGAUAUGCAACUAAUAGAGAAAUCCAACUCCCUUAUCGAUAUAUUAAAAGAUUCCAGCAUGGACGUUGGCACAAAAAAAGAAUUGCUUGAAAAGAAGAAACAGAGGGUUUUGGGGAGUAUUAUUUCAAUUAGGCGUGGAGAUCCUACCUACUUCGAUCGACAAAAAGCGCCAAAAUUUCAAAACAGCUACAAACUAGACUCAGAUAGGCCGUUCAAUCAUGAGAAAGUGGAGCAAAUAUUGCAAGAAGUUCUUGAAGAAGCUCUGCAGGAUUUAACUUAUGAUCCAGACAAAUGUUCAAAGCAAGCUAAAUGGGCGUCGAGUGCGAUUCGAGCAAAAGUAAAAGAGCAAGAAUUUGACAGGUAUAAAAUUAUUUGUUAUGUAUCGAUUGGAGAGAAGCUCUGCCAGGAUGUCUUCAUGAUGAUGCGCUUUCUCUGGGAUGCCGAGAGAGACCAAUACGCUCUGCAUGUGCACGAGAAUAUGAAUUUGUUUGGUAUUGGGCUAUGUUUCGGCAUUUAUUACGAAUAACUUAUAAAAUCUCAUGUUUUCUUUUAAUAAUUCGAUCAAAUUGAUCUGUUGGUCUAUUUAAAAAUGAACGUGUAAAUAGUG